CAGGACCGCCCCUCGGCGACGGCAGAGGCGCGAUGGCUGCUCGUGGCGGCCCCUCCGAGGACCCUAGCCCGCGGGGCUCCCCUCGGCAGGAGCCCCGAGCUCCUCGCUCGGCGGGACGGGGCAGCGGGGAGACUCCGCGGGCAGCGGCGCUCGCGCUGCGUUUCGACAAGCCCAUCAAACAGGCUUUCUACAACACGGGGGCCGUGCUCUUCGUGUGUCUGUGCUGCGGCGCCGCCGUGCUGGUCUACUUCAUCCUCGAGGCCUUCCUGCGGCCGCUGCUGUGGGCUGUGCUGUGCGGUACCUUCUUGCACCCCUUCAAGAGCUCGCUGACGCGCCUGGGCCGCCACUGGCUCCAGCGCCUGCACCGCGCGCACACGCCCAUCGUCCUGGGCGCGCUGCUGCUCCCGCUGUGCUUCGCCGACUACGGCGUAGAGGCCCUGGGCGAGCAGGCGCUGCGCCGCCGCCGCUUGCUGCUGUUCCUGGGCGCGGGCGGCCCGCUGCUCUACGGCCUCUACUGCCUGGGCAGCUACCUGGGCGUGCAGGUGCUGCUGGCGCACGCGGGCGUGCUCAUCUGCCGCGGGCUGGACUACUUCAGCAGCCUGUGGAUCUGGACCUUGGUAGUUGGCUAUGUGUUGACUGUUUCAUUCAAGUGGAAUGCAAGUACUGAACGCUACUUGAGAGCAAUUUCAAUUCCUGUCUGGAUUAUAUUGCUUUUUCAUUUAGCAUCCCUGGCUGGCUCAUGGAGAAUUCCAGUAUUCCUGGUUAUUGUUUUCCUGAUGUCUGUGGGCACCCUGUAUGAAAAACAGAAUGAAAAAGAGUCUGCUGGGGCAGAAUUACCAGGACAGGUAAUCUCCAUGGCAGCUUCUACUCUAGCAAACCUGGCCAUCUCCAUCACAGGGUACGAGUCAGGCGGUGAAGACCAGACCUCCGCUCAGCCUGCAGAAACUACAGACAAAGGAGAAUCCCCUCCGACACUGUCCACUUCUUCAUCCUCCUCCCCUUCCUCACCUUCUUCCCCUUCGCCUACCCUGGGCAGACAAAGGCCUGAGAUUGGAACAUUUCUGAGAAAGAAGAAAACCAGUGACAUCUACUUUGUGUCCCUCGUCUGGGCCAUCAUUGUUGUCCAGAUCUGGUUGAACCUGUGGAUUGUGCAGUUGCUGCCUGUGCCCAUCGCAGUCUGGAUAAUCAAAAAGCUUGUUAUUCACUUUGGCGUUGUGAACUUCCUGGAGAAACGCUGCUGUGUGUGGUGGCAGGUAAUCGAGCACUUCCUGAAGGAGCGGCAGGAGGCUUUAGCGCCUUGGCCAAUCAUCGGGCUUGGGAAAUUCUUGUUGAAAGUUGACAGCAAGCUCUGGCACUGGCUAAAUAAGAAGAUGAUCAUCUGGUUGGAGAAGAUGUUAGAUAAAAUAAUUAGCAUUUUCAUCAUAUUUUUGCUAGUUAUAGGAACCCUUCUUUUAGCUCUUCUCCUGACUGCAAAGGUACAUCAAGAAAGUGUACACAUGAUUGAAGUCACAAGUAAUUUGAUUAAUGAAACUCUAGCGAAUCACCCUGAGUGGGCAAAUACUGAGGAUAGUCCCCAAGCCUUGUAUAUGCUGGCCAGUUGGCUUCCUGAGGCGCAGGUAGUCCAAAGAGCCCUAAAUUCUGCAGCUAACAAUGUGUAUCAGUAUGGACGAGAGUGGAUAACCCACAAGCUUCAUAAAAUUCUAGGAGACAAGGUGAACAAUACUGCUGUAAUUGAAAAGCAAGUGCUAGAACUCUGGGACAGACUCUAUCAUUCUUGGUUUGUAAAGAAUGUAACACAUUCUGGAAGGCACAAAGGACACAAGAUGCAUGUAAGUCGUCAGAACAGUUGGCUUGGAGACAUUCUGGACUGGCAGGAUAUUGCCUCCUUCGUUCACGAGAACAUUGAGACAUUUCUUUCGAUCUUGGAGUCGCUGUGGAUUGUUAUGAGCCGGAACGUGAGCCUGCUGUUUACUACGGUCACCACACUCCUGACCAUCCUUUUCUACAGUGGCACUGCCCUCCUCAAUUUUGUGCUCUCUCUGAUAAUUUUCCUGACCACACUGUUUUAUCUGUUAAGUUCCAGUGAUGAGUACUACAAGCCAGUGAAGUGGGUGAUAAGCCUGACACCACUGUCUCAGCCAGGCCCAUCUUCUAAUAUUAUUGGCCACUCUGUGGAAGAAGCUAUCAGAGGGGUGUUCGAUGCUUCCCUCAAAAUGGCUGGCUUCUACGGAUUGUAUACUUGGCUGACUCAUACUAUAUUUGGCAUCAAUAUUGUCUUCAUACCAUCAGCUUUAGCAGCAAUCCUUGGAGCAGUGCCCUUUCUGGGGACAUACUGGGCAGCAAUCCCUGCAGUUCUGGACUUGUGGCUGACGCAGGGAUUAGGAUGCAAGGCCAUUCUACUAUUGGUUUUUCAUCUCUUGCCAACUUACUUUGUAGAUACUGCGAUCUACUCUGACAUAUCAGGGGGUGGCCAUCCAUACCUGACAGGUUUGGCAGUGGCUGGUGGAGCUUACUACCUAGGUCUGGAAGGAGCAAUUAUUGGGCCCAUACUUCUCUGUAUACUUGUGGUUGCCUCCAAUAUCUACAGUGCCAUGCUAGUGAGCCCCACGAAUUCAAUGCCUACACCAAGCCAGACACCGUGGCCAGCUCAGACUCAACGGACUUUCCGUGACAUCUCUGAAGAUAUGAAAUCUUCUGUAGACUGACAAGGUUUCCCUGUGGUGGUUUCUCUAGGAAGUUCUGCCUUGGCAGCGAGCUCAGCUCAGCUGGGGCCUUCUGACCUUGCAGCUGUGCCUGGCAGGCAAAGCGGGGAAGAAAGAGAAGCUCCUGGCCUUACCUACAGAACCCUUGACAAGAGACAACUUGCCGUGGGCUCUUGGUAUUUUAAAACACAGCUUGAGAGUUGAGACAUCUGUUCGCUCACUUAACUAUUGCUAAGAUGGCUUGAAAAGUUUUCAGUUUAUACACUGGCACCAUGGCUUGACAUUUUGCCACUUUAUAUCUGUUAUUAUGAUAUGUAUUUAUAGUUAUUUUAAGAACUCUAAACUACCUGCUGUUCAAAGAAUAUACAGGGGCCAGGGAUGUAGGUCAGCGGCAUAGCACCUGCGUGGCAAGCACAGGGUCCUAAGAUCAAUUCCUGGUACGCCCCCACCCCCCGCCUCCCAAAAAAACAACAAAGAAUAUACAAUAUAAUUUUCAUUGCUUUCUGAAAUCUAUUUGUAGCCUUUUCUAUGACACUUUUCAACAAAGAAUAUGUAGUUAUGUGAGCAGGAAAAGUAACCUCUACCGUUCCGGUACAGUGUGCCAUCUCCUCUUUGACAAAGUGAACAGACAUUAAGUAUAAGAGUGGUGUGACUUAUUUGACUUUUAGCUAUAUAUUGCAGCCAGGAGACACAGAAAGGCUGAAGCUUCCCCUCCGUCUCCUCUGUGCCUCAUUAUAGUAUUACCAGAACAGGAAAACUUGGCUGACCACAUUACAGUACAGUGCUGUAGCUGCUACAGAUGGUAACAGUAUGAUAUAAUCCAUGCUCUCAUUACAUUUUUUCUUUUAAAUAUUUUAGAUAGAAAAAAAAUCUCAGGUAUAGUGGUACUCUGGUUUGUUAGAUUGAUCCCAUAGUAUCUUGUGUGUUCUGACACUUUGCGCAGUGCCUUGCACGGAGGACUCUAGAUGAAUGCUUGCUGAGUUGAAUUGUAACUUUUAAAAUAUCUCAUAGUACAGUAACCACAACGCUUUACAUUUUAUACAGUCCUUUUGUGCUUAUUAGUUCAUGACCUCCUCACGUCCACUUUCAUGUAGCUUUCUGUUACUUUACUAAGUUUCACACUGACCACAGACCCUAGUGUUCAACAGGUGAUGACUUAAGAGUCACACAUUUAGUGAGAUUUGGAAGCUCUGAUAUGCUAUAGAAAAUUUCUUCUAAGAUUUUAGGCAGUUUCUCCUACACUGUGAGCUGGAAUAGGUGUUGCUUUCUAUUUGUAAUGAAUGAACACUGACUGAACAGUUAAUAAUAGUAUUGAGACUCGAACCCAGCUCUUACUUUUGUGUCCUUUCCACUGUUUAAAACAGUCAGCAGGUCCUUCCCAUGUUCUCGAGGAACUAUAGAGUAGAAACUGUGCUUUUUGGAGAACUUUUUUUUUUUUUAGAACAUUUAAAAG